UUUGUUGAUUCGAACCGAACCAGAGAGAAACAAACUAAAGAGGAUCGGACCGCUGUCGGGAUCUCUGGCUAAUAUCGGUGUAAUCCUCCUAGUAAAACCCGAAGAGCCGCUAAAUUUUCACAUCUGAGCGUAGCUAACAUCUUUCCGGAGUUGUUUGUUGGGAUAUUUCUGGCGGCCGGCCGGUUUGUGUGAGAGAAAUCGUGCCCCGAUCUCGAGGGGUCUUCGCCGGGGCCGGACUGAUCAUUUGAUUCAAAAUGGCGUGUGCUACUCUGAAACGGACUUACGAGUUGGACCCCUUGCAUAGCCGCCCGUCUAAGAGACCCAGGCGGUGUAUGCCCAUGGGCGGACACAACCCUAACGUUUCCCCUCACAGCUCCGGUCUGGCCACACCACCUCGGCAGAAGCCGUCAUCCUUUCCCGAAGUCGAGCCCAAACUGACCUCAGAACAAAUUUCCCAGUUCAUCCGGGACGAGUACCGCCGCAUGCACCGUAGGCGCCGCCUGUGGGUAGCAACAGACUCAAACGUGCAACAGCCGGCUGGGACCUCCCUGUCCCCCAGCCAUCACGGCUCCCUCUCACCCAUGCACGAAAGCUCCCACAUGGCCGGCGGCUCCUCUCCAAUGCAUUAUGGGGCGUCGCCGAUGCAUUAUGGUACACUUUCGCCGACCCACGGGAGUUCGUCGCCGAUUCCCGGGACGCAGUCGCCGAUCAACAAGGACAAGCCGCUGUUCUCGAUGCGGCAGGUGAGCAUGAUCUGCGAGCGGAUGAUCAAGGAACGCGACACCCAGGUGCGAGAGGAGUACGACAAGGUGCUGUCCUGCAAGCUAGCAGAGCAAUAUGAUGCCUUCAUCAGGUUCAACCAAGACUAUUUGCAGAGGCGAUUUGGCGAGACAGCCGCCAGCUAUGUAUCAUAAGCCCAGCAGCACCCAAUACAACCAGUCAACCAACCAUGUAGCAGUCACAACCAGCCAGCUAUUUCUCCAGUUUAACAUCAACAACAACCCUGUACCACCACAGCAGCUAACUUACACCAGUACUGGGAACAGCCAGGACUCACACUGAAACUGUGGACACUGAAAUAAAUCCCUAGAACUGGCUAAGGAUUUUCCACUUGUAACAGAGCUGACUUAUAAAACACUAGGCCAUUUGAGUCUCAAAAGGUCUGUUCUGUCCAGUUCAGUGGUGCUUUGUUGGAAGUCUUGCAUUUCUACCAGUUACUGGAUGUUCCAUAGAAUCUGAAAACAUCAUUUCGAAAUAACAUUUCUUUUCUGUAUUAUUUUCCUUGUUUGUCUCUCAUGACACAUAAAAAGUUGUAAAGAUGUUCGGCUUCAGAAGUUUACCAGAGAUUUUCAUGAUCUUUUUACAUAUCCAGUGAACAGUGUUACCACCUUACAUUCUCUAUGUGAUACAGUGUAUAGUCUUAUUCACAUUAAAGAUUCCUGGCCAAUUGUGUCAAUCUUCAAUUGUAUCUAAGUACGGAAAUGUCUCAGCCUUAUCCAGUAACAUUUUCUAUAUUGCUACAGAACAAUGUGA